UGAUUAGUCAAGAAAAGACGACAAAUGCUACGUCACCUCAUGCGUAUUACCACUGGUUCAUCAGGUUCCCCGCUUCUCCUUAUUAAUACUACUAAUUAUUUUAGUCUCCACUCUCACCACACUCACUCUCAAAUGGAUCAUCCCAUUCCCAAGGGCACCAUCAUCUUCAGCACAGUCGGUAGGUCCAACUAUGGCUUCGACAUCUUCUCUCUCCAACUCCAACCCCAACAACCCACCACUUCCGGCCCAGAGCACCGCCUUACUGACGGUAUCUCUGUCAAUUUCAAUGCGCAAUUCCUCGAUGACAACCAAACCAUCGUCUUCGUCUCCGAACGAACCGGUUCGCCCCGUUUUUAUCUUACCCGACCCGGUUUGUCCUCUCCCAAAUCUUUACCCUUCGUGCCCUCAAGUCUUUUCCACGACCGUCCCGUCGUGAAUAACGACCGAGUCUAUUUCAUCUCCGCUCACGAAGAUCCCGGCCGGCUCUUCAAGAGCUGGUCCGCUCUCUACUCGACCCGGAUCGAUGAACUGGACCUUACCCGUUUGACUCCGUUAGGUUCUGUUGAUUACAGUCCAGCUAUUUCUCAGUCUGGAAAGUUUAUAGCCGUUGCUUCGUACGGGUCUCGUUCUUGGGGCGGUGAGAUCCACGAGCUAAACACUGAUAUAGUUGUGUUCCCAGAAUCCGACCCGGAUAACCGUGUCACUGUUUGCGAACGAGGUGGCUGGCCCACCUGGUUCGGUGACUCAGUCAUCUACUUUCACCGCCAAGCUGAAGAUGGUUGGUGGAGCAUUUUCCGAGUUGAUAUCCCGGAAAAUCUCAAACUUUCCGGCCCUCCAAACACUGCCACUCGGGUCACACCUCCGGGGCUCCACUGCUUCACUCCGGCGGCGAUACACGACGGGAAUAGACUCGCCGUUGCCACUCGGAGGCGCGGCAAGAAUUUCCGCCACGUGGAGAUAUUCGACAUCGAGUCAGAGACUUUUCACCCAGUCACAGAGACGCUGAACCCGAAUCUCCACCAUUACAACCCGUUUGUCUCCCCGGGUUCAAAGUUCAUCGGGUACCACCGGUUCCGAGGCACCGGGUCAACUCAGGGCGAGUCAACGAUUCCAAACCUGAACCCGGUUUUGUCUCCGAUAAAACCAAUCAAAAUGCUCAGAAUAAACGCUUCGUUUCCUUCUUUCUCUCCCAACGGCGAUUUCGUCGCGUUUAAUCCCAACUUUGAUACCAACUCUGGCGUCAAAGUCUUCAAAUCAAACAGUUCUAAGCAGUGGACCCUACUCAAAGGCCGUACAGCAUUUUACAACGCAUGGAGUCCCACAGAGAAACACGUCAUCUACACCUCGGUGGGACCGAUAUUCCAGUCAGCAAAAGCAACGGUCCAGAUCGCUAGGAUCAAGUUCGACCCAUCGGAUCUCAACGGUGAUGGUGGAGACGUCAAGUGCGCCGUUAAGAUUUUGACGAAGGAGGAAACGGGGAAUAACGCUUUUCCGUCAUGUUCCCCUGACGGCAAGUCUAUUGUGUUUCGGUCUGGACGGUCUGGGUUCAAAAAUUUGUACAUAGUUGACGCCGUUAACGGCGAGUUUGUUGACGGCGGCUUACGGAGGUUAACGGAGGGGUCGUGGAUUGAUACAAUGCCCAGUUGGUCACCUAAAGGAGAUCUCAUCGCCUUCUCAUCUAACAGACAUAACCCUGACGACGUGGCUACAUUCGGCAUCUACGUGGUUAAACCGGACGGCUCUGAUUUGCGUAGGAUCCACGUGGCGGGAUCAGAAGGAUCGGAUGACGUGGUCAGUGAGAGGAUAAACCACGUGUGCUUUAGUGAAGAUGGGGAGUGGCUGUUAUUUACGGCUAAUUUGGGUGGGGUGACGGCUGAGCCGGUGUCGUGGCCCAAUCAGUUUCAGCCAUAUGGAGAUCUGUACGUGGUGAGGUUGGAUGGGAGCGGUCUGAGGAGGCUGACGUGUAAUGCUUAUGAAAAUGGCACUCCAGCGUGGUACACGGGGGGGGAGGAGCUGGAUUUGGAGCGUUUGUGUUUGAGGAGUGAGGAUGUAGACGAAGAUGAGUUAAGAGGCGAGUUUGAGGAACCACUUUGGAUAUCAUGCGAUAUCUAAUGGACUUUUCAUAUUAUUGAGCAACGUGUGUUGUUGUGUGUGAUUUUUCUUUUGUCUUUUUUCUUGUAUCGUGAAUAAAAUCCAUGUAUUUUGAUACGAAUAAUGGUUUGAAGAAAUGCCAAUUUGCUGAAUAUAUACGAAUGCUAGAAUUAA